AUGCAGGAGGGCCUCGCAAUCACGCGCGCACGUGUCGUGGCGGUCUUGCGAAACGCUCCGCGCCGGGGAACGGAGAUCGACUUGGUGCUGAUGGCGUUGCAGGGAAAGACUGCCGGCUUCGAAAAAGUCAUCAAGUUGAUCCAAGACAUGGUCGCCAAUCUGAAGAAGGAGCAGGCCGACGAUGACAGCAAGAAGACAUAUUGCGAGAGCGAACUCGACAAGUCAGAGGACACGGGCAAGCAGCUGGAGCGCUCCAUCGAGGUGUCCGGAACGGCCAUUGAGGAAUUGAAAGGCGCCAUCGCCACUUGGACAACGGAGAUCGGCGACCUCCAGGCCAGCAUCAGGGACUUGGACUCCAGCGUCGCCGAGGCGACGAAGCUUCGCAAGGAGGAGAACUCAGAGUUUAAGGACCUGAUGACCAACAACAAGGCGGCGAAGGAGGUGCUCCUGUGGGCCAAGAACCGCCUGAACAAGUUUUAUUCACUCUACAAGCCCGAGGCGCUCGCGCAGACGGCCCCCCAGCUCGUGCAGGUGUCUGCUCACAGGCGGGGCGGAGGUGACGCGGCCCCGCCGCCACCUCCGGAGACCUUCGGGGCCUACGUGAACAAGGGGCAGCAGACGGGCGGCGUUGUCAGCAUGAUCGACAUGCUGGUGGGAGAGCUCGACAAGGAGAUGUCCGAGGCCGAGGUCUCCGAGAAGGACGCGCAGGCCGACUACGAGACGCUGAUGAGCGACGCGGGGGCCAAGCGCGCGGCGGACACCAAGGCGGUGACCGACAAGGCCGCGGCGAAGGCGAAGGGCGAGGAGUCGCUCCAGGCGGAGACUGACAACAAGAAAGGCCUCUCCAUCGAGCUCAUGGAGACGAAGCAGGUCAUCGCGAACCUUCACGCGGAGUGCGACUGGCUCACGACCUACUACGACGUGCGCAGGCAGGCGCGCACCGAGGAGAUCGAGAGCCUGGGCAAGGCGGAGGCGGUGCUCAGCGGCGCCGACUACUCUCUGCUGCAGACCCGGCGCGCGGCGCUGCGCGGCGCGUGA